ACCCGGAACUAAAAUCAGAGCAAUACCAUCCACCUCCUCACCCUCUUCGUCCAUUCCCUGAUCCUGAUUCCCCACUCGCUCACGGUCUUCCCCGAUUGUUCCAAGAAUCAAGGAACCAGCCACGAGCCAGGACUGGGAAGGAGACCUGCCGGGAAGACAAUGCUGGAGGGGAAGGCGCUGGUGGAGGACACAGACAUGCCGCCGCGGAUGCAGGCGGCGGCCACGUCCGCCGCCUCCCACGCGCUCGACCUCUUCGACGUCACCGACUGCCGCGCCAUCGCCGGUCACAUCAAGACGGAGUUCGACAAGCGGUACGGCGUCGGGUGGCAGUGCGUGGUGGGCGCCAACUUCGGGUGCUUCUUCACCCAUUCCAGCGGCACCUUCAUCUACUUCUCCCUGGAGCGCCUCACCUUCCUCCUCUUCAGGGCCGCCGCCGUUGCCGCGGCUUCCUAAUACGUCGGCGAAAUCUUGAUCUGCUAUUGCCCAACCUGGAGGGAUUCAGUCGCCGGCGACGACGGAUUCGAUUUCGAGACGUGCACUGCCUCCUUCAGAGAUUACCCAUGUAUGCUCGCUCAACUCAAAUGCGCCCAAUUUUGUACAUAGACAAUGUUUUGGUCUGUUGUGGAAUUUAGCAAGCUCUCUGAUGAUGUUCUUCAUCUAGAUUCUAUCCGUUUCGACUUGUGAAGGUGCCACAUUUGUUCAAUAUCUAC